CGCGGCGGCUGGGGCGGGGGGCGGGGCGGCGAGGGCGGCUCCGGGGCGCGGCCGCGUGACUCGGGCGGCCGGGGCCGUGGGCGCGGCGGGGGCGGGGGCGGCGGGGGCGGGCAGCGGCGCGGCGGCGCGGCGAGGAGCAAGAGCCGCCGCAGGAAGGGCGCCGCGGGCGUGUCGGUGGAGCCGCACAGGCACGAGGGCGUGUUCAUCUACCGCGGCGCGGAGGACGCGCUGGUGACGCUGAACAUGGUGCCGGGCCAGUCGGUGUACGGCGAGCGGCGGCUCACGGUGACCGAGGGCGGCGUCAAGCAGGAGUACCGCGCCUGGAACCCCUUCCGCUCCAAGCUGGCGGCCGCCAUCCUGGGCGGGGUCGACCAGAUCCACAUCAAGCCCAAGUCCAAGGUGCUGUACCUGGGCGCCGCCUCGGGGACCACGGUCUCCCACGUCUCCGACAUCAUCGGCCCGGACGGCCUGGUCUACGCGGUCGAGUUCUCCCACCGGGCUGGCCGCGACCUGGUCAACGUGGCCAAGAAGCGAACCAACAUCAUCCCGGUCCUCGAGGACGCCCGGCACCCCCUCAAGUACCGCAUGCUUAUCGGGAUGGUGGACGUGAUCUUUGCCGACGUGGCCCAGCCCGACCAGUCCCGCAUAGUGGCUUUGAACGCCCACACCUUCCUGCGCAACGGGGGCCACUUCCUCAUCUCCAUCAAGGCCAACUGCAUCGACUCGACGGCGUCCGCCGAGGCGGUGUUUGCUUCCGAGGUGAGGAAGCUGCAGCAGGAGAACCUCAAGCCCCAGGAGCAGCUGACCCUGGAGCCGUACGAGAGGGACCACGCCGUGGUGGUCGGCGUCUACCGGCCGGUUCCCCGGAGCGGCGCCAAGUAGCCCCCAGCGCGGGCUGCGCCUGCGCUCCCUGCCGGACCGCCGGACCGUGCUGCGUUCGGUAGACCCGUGCAUGCGGCUGUGUGCCUGUUCGUUUGCUUUUUAUGUGUUGGUUUUCUUUUGCCCAUUAAAUGGCACGAAGAAACAGUACCCAGGUGUAUCAGUGAGGCCAGACGGUUUUACCGCAAUAACCAUCGGUCCCUGAAUCUCCGUAUCUUCAGAUCCCUCAGCCGCUGAAGUAAGAGCUGGUGAUAGGGACCCAUCAAGGAACAGCCUGAGAGUCGUGCUUUACUCUAAUCACUUAGGACCCUGAUGUCCCCGGGCUCCUCCUCACGCGCGCUUUCUCAUCACGGGGGCAAGGGGGAGGGGGGAAAGAGCUGGGGAACUGCUGAUGGGCCUGUAAAGUCCGCCUUGGGACCCAAGGACCGUUUCGGUUUACGUUGGCUAAGUCGCAUGACCAAGCUGGACUCCAGGGAAUGGCGCUGGAGAUUGAUGGAUGAUGGUAUAGUGUAACGCAUCCAAUCUGUCUGACUCUAAGCCAGAGUUCUAGUACACUGUGUGUGUUUAGUACUUUACUCUUCAACUAAGCCCUUUUGCCUUCUCUAAUACUUACUCAUCACCACCACCCCCCCCCCCCCC